AUGACAUUGAGACCAGAAGUGGAGGACUAUUGGCUGGAAGUGAGCGCUGAUGUGAACACUGUAUCCGAUCUGAAGUCCACUGUUUUGGACACAAAUGGCUUUAUAUUGAGUGCCGAAGACAUUGACCUCUAUUUGGAUGGAGUGUUACUCAGAGAUGAGACACGAGUUAAUAGUAAUGUGUUUACCGAUGGAGAGAGCAUUGAAGUCAAAGGGAAAAGGGGUCGACAUGUGGUGGACACCUGUAGUUCAGGCAGUGUUGAGAAACACUGUAAAUCUAUAUAUCCGUAA